UGAAAACACAAAAUACUUGGAAAUACGAGGCGGUAGCAGCAAUGGCAAACAUAAGUGACAUUACUCUAGACACCAUUGAGUCUUUGAAUGACUCCGUGGAGGCCUUUGAUAUUUGCGAUCGUUUUGAGAUAUACACUGACGACAUUGAAGAUCUACAGGAUCUAAAAGAAAGGCUUCGCUUACAUUUCGAGGCAGAACACUCUCAAGUUCCCAGAUUGGAAAAGGCUGCUGAUGUUUUCGCUAAACUACGAGAGAAUGAUACGCAAAGAAGAAAUGCACUUCAGUCGAUCUUUCAAACCAUUAAAGAGUCCCUACCAUUACUUGACUUGAGCAUCUUAAAGAGACUGGAAGCUGAGAAUGUUGUAUCUGAGAGCGCAGACAUAAACGUGCGUAAAAGGAUCACCAUGCUCGAAUCUGGUAACUGCCCAAUACUUGUAGCAGGCGAAACUUCUUCGGGGAAGAGCACGCUUUUGAACCUUCUCCUUGGCAAGAAGAUCUUACCGGAAGCCCAUUUAAGCUGUACAGCUGCGAUCACAAGAAUAAAGUAUGGGGAAAAACAUAGAGUAGUCAAAGUGACACACCAACCUGACGGCAGGAGGAUGUCGUCAGAAGUCCCCAUAAAGAACCCUGAUGAUUUGUGCUCGGCUUUGGAGCCUGUUCUAUUCCCAAAGGGUGCAGCGAGGGAGGAUGAACUUGAAAAGUGCACUGUUGAUGUUUAUUUGCCAUUUGAACUGUUAAAGAGUGGUGUGUAUAUCAUCGACAGUCCUGGUAUUGGUGAGAGUGGUGUCAUGGAUGACGUGGUUCUUGACUUCAUUGCCAACAAUGACGUCUUUGCCUUCAUUUACGUCAUUAUGACUGAUAAGUCAGGCGGAGUACAAGAAGAUAGGCUCCAAAAAUUGCUGCGGCAACUUCAAGAUAUGAAGGAUUCUGCUGGAGAGCCAAUAUUUGACCCUGGCUGUGCUAUUUUUGUCUGCAACCGCUGGGAUCUGGUGCCAGAGGACGCAAGGGAAAAGGCUUUAGAGAAUGUACGUUUGGCAGUGAGUGAGGGCUGGAACUGGCCCAUGGAUUCAUCAAAGCAGAUAUUUACCCUCUCUGCUAAAAUGGCAUGGCAGCACAGUCAGGCUGGGUACAUGACUCACGACUACAGGCGACUGGUCAGAGGCAUCAAGGGCCUGAUUCCAGUGAGUUUGCAAAGAAGGACGGCGCAUGUGCACCGAUGGGGCAAACAUAUGGUAGAGCGUACCAUAGAUUGUGCCCAGCAGUAUCUUCAUUCUGCCAAUUUGACAAGGGAUGAACUUGAGGUUCAGCACAACUCACAGAAGGAAAAGUUGGACAAACUUGAGAAAAAGUCGGAAGAUAUUUUGAAAAAACUAGAGGAUCACCUUAAUAAAGAAUGUGAAACCAUUACUGAUUCUUUAUCUAGAUAUCUUAGCAGCGAUCCUGUCCGUGCUCGAGUUACCUCUUGGACCAAUGCCGAAGCUCCUUAUGGGAUUGGGUGGAACUAUUUAGAAGGAAGAAUAGAAGAUGCCAUCUGUAAAAGAAUCAUUGAUGCCAUCAGCUCUUGGGAAACGGAGAAAAAACAUUUUGAAACCCUGAAGAAAGACUUGUUCAAGAAAUUCACUAGAGAAUUCCAGUUAAUUGAAUCUGAGCUGCGAAUGAUUGAAAACAUGUUGGAAAGGUCCUCAGAAACCGAUUCUAGGGACAGUGCAGAUUUGGCAGCCUAUAUGGAAUUGCAAGACCUAAUGGACAACGAGGUGAACAAAAUGUCGAUUGUAGACUUAAACCUAGGUGACAAAAUUGCACUCGGUUUAUUUUCACCAAUCAUUUUACCCAUUGGUGCGUUGGGUAUGCUUCUCGCGUCACCGGCAUUGCUUUUUGUUGACUUAAAAAAACAUGUAAGGAAGCAGAAAGAGAAACAAAUGUUAAGCCUAUAUGAGCAGAAAAAAUGUGAAUUUCUUCGAGACAGAUCAUCCGAGGCUUUGAAAAUAAUGGCUAAGCGUGAUGUUACAAAGGCCUAUGUCGAUGCUCAACUCCAAGAGGCCUGGGAUCAUCUACAGAUGAUGCACGAGUCUAUUCCACAGCUUAUAUCUUCAACACGAAAUUACAUGCAGACCAUCAAAGAAGACCAACGGUCUAAGGAGCAGCUCAUCGACACCUAUGACCCUGUCGUCAAGAAGUUUACCAGAGUUAACAAUGCGCUGGAAGAUUUUGCUAUUACACAUCUUUUCUCGCACGAUUAUAACGAGACAGAUGUGGAAGCAGACAUCGAACCUGUGAAAGGGCAAACGUCAUAUAAAGGGAACUGGACUGAAGUUUUUCCUGCCAUCUUAAAUUCUCCAAAGGGUCAAUCCCUCAAAAUAUCUGUAAAACGAUAUAAAGGGCCUACAUGUGAGAAGCAAGUACGUGAGGAAAUCAUUGAAAUGAGAAAAAUGAAGCAACAAAAGAGGAAAUUCAUUCCCACCAUACUGGGUACUUAUUUGGAUCCAACAUAUAAAUUGCCAUCUCUUAUCAUGACCCCGCGUCUGACCAGUUUGAGGGUCUUCAGCAGUGGCAAGGGCAGUCGUAAAAUUGUCUAA